AUGCGUGCCGUCGCCUUGGUGGGCGCGUAUAAUAUCACCGUCAUCGAUGUGCCUAAACCGACCAUUGUGAAUGGAACCGACGCCAUUGUGCGCAUUACAGCAGCAGCGAUUUGUGGUAGCGACCUACACAACUAUCACCAGGAUUUGGGCUCACCUGAGAACCCUCUGCGGAUUGGCCAUGAGGCCAUUGGCUUCAUUGAGGAAGUCGGCGACUCUGUCGAGACCCUGAAGGCUGGCGACUGGGUCGUUAUUCCCUUCGCGCUUGACGACGGUCACUACCAAUAUGGGCCCUCGAUCGAUGCGCCCCUGGCGUCUGAGACCGGCAUGCAAGCCGAGUACGCGCGAAUCCCAUACGCGGACGACUCCCUUAUGCCUGUGCCUAUCAACAGUAGCGCCAAUUCCUCGACAAUUUACGACUACCUCUUCAUGUCCGACAUUCUCGCUACGGGCUGGGCAGCACUCGACUUUGCCGGUCUACGUCCCGGCGAUACGGUUGCCGUGUUCGGCGCUGGGCCCGUGGGCCAGAUGGCCGUUAUCUCCGCCGGAGUGCGCGGCGCCUCAAAGAUCUACGUCGUCGACCACGUACAGGACAGGUUGGACCUGGCCGCCGCCCACGGCGCUAUCCCGGUCGACUUCGCGUCAGAGGAUCCAGUGGAGGCGCUGCUUCGCGUCGAGCCGGGCGGUAUUACUCGCGUCGUCGACUGCGUCGGAUGGGAGGCCGAGGAUGCGCAGGGCAACGUCAACAGUAGCAUCGUGCUGCACCAGGCGGGGCAGGUAGUGGCGCCGCAAGGCGGCAUCGGUAUAGUCGGGGUCUAUGGAGCCGGGGACCAGGCUCAAACCGUCGACCUCAAGCCUCUCUUCUUAGACGGCUUCUCAGUGCGUGGCGGCAUCUCCGCGCCGUUAGCCCUCGGUACUGAGAUGCUGAAUCUCAUCUCCGCCGGCAAGGUGCACCCAAGCUCCAUCGUGAGCGCCGUCAUUGAUAUCGAGCAGGCACCUGAGUACUACGCGCGGUUCGACCGCCGGCAGGAGACCAAGGUUGUCAUUGAGUUUCCAUACUGA